AUGGCAGACAGUACGCAAGCUCAAGCGCAGGAGUUCGGGCUGAGAAAGGCCCCGACGAGCAACAGUAAAGCCACAGAGGAAGUCUCCUCACCCUCCUGCUUUCGGCACCCUUCACAGGACCCAGCUGGCACAGAGACCCGGGACUCGCCGACAAUGGAGGCACUGACCACACAGUUGAAUGAAGCAGGCCGAAUUUCGGGGACCGAUAGUUUAGUUGCGCAGGAUAAAUCUCGCGUGGACUUGCAUCCGACUAAGCAAGGGACCACGGCUUUUGAUAGCCGCAGCACAAAUGGCGCAUCCCUCACAUACGAGGCAAAACAGCACGGGACUGAAGAUGGCGUUCCUCCUCCAAGAGCUAUAGAGCGGACCACCGCGUGCACAUCUGGGUACAUACCUACGUCUGGUCCCAAAGAACAGCCUUACACAAAUAUGAAUGAUGUAGCGAAAGUCGACCAUGUGGAAGAGGCGCAGCGCCAUGAUCAAACUCAUUUCAUGGCAGUCCCUAUUGACGUCCUUCCCCCCAACGCGGACAUCCCCGAAUAUGAUAUGCAUUUGCUGAAUCUAGCGAGGCAUGCGGAUCCCUUUAGGAUGCUUGGCUGCCACAAAGUGGAAUGUGCAGAAAGUGACAAGAGAAUAGUGGUCGUCCGCGUGUGGCUCAAGAACGUUGAUCAUGUGGAGCUCAGACCGAGAGCAGGAGUUUCGGAUUGGCGUCUACCGCCGCCUCUAGAGUCUGUGCAACUUGAGAGGAAGGGGGAAUUGCUAUUUCACAAGGCAAGCGCGAACGCCAGAGCUGGGAGUGCCUUUGAAAUGUACACUACUGACCCAUCCGCCUCCUCUCGAGGUUGCCCAGUGAAGAGCUCAGACCCUUAUGUCCCUCUGGAUUACGAGUUGUUGGUACGAGGGGAGGGGGAAGAGACCCCACGUGUGGUGUACGACACCUACUCAUUUGGAAUGACUGUUCCUCAGUACAACUUAGAGCUUUUUCAGUCUGGCUCCUGCUGGCACGUGGACAAUUUGAUGGGUUCUCACAUCAUAACUGUUGACGGCGUCACCGGAGUUAGAUUUGCAGUGUGGGCACCAAACUGCAUUUGCGUUUCCGUGGUGGGUGACUGGAAUGGCUGGGACGGCCGCGCUCACCCGAUGCGGAAAAGGGUGGAGUUCGGCUGCUGGGAUCUAUUUAUUCCAGGCAUCGGUGCAGGGGAAAAGUACGGUUACAGAAUACAUGCCAGAAAUGGAACAGAUUUCAUUAAAAUCGACCCUUACGCCCAGGAAUUUGAGGUGCCUCCGAAAACUGCCAGCAUCAUUAGCGCCUGCGACGACGCAUUCAAACCUGCUGAGUCCCGCUACCAGUGGCACGACCAGGAAUGGAUGGCGAGACGUAAAGUACUCGGAGAGACUGAUCAGCUCCACAGGGAGCCGAUGUCUAUCUACGAAGUGCACCUUCCGAGCUGGAUGAGGGGACAGGACGGACGUUACCUUAGCUACCGGGAACUGGCUGAUAGACUAGUACCGCAUGUGAAGAACAUGAAUUUCACGCACGUGGAGUUCCUUCCUCUGGCCCAUCACCCGUUUGAGGGGUCCUGGGGUUAUCAAGUUACAGGCCUCUAUGCUCCAUACAGCCGCUUGGGAAACCCAGAUGACUUCAAGUACUUGGUCGACACUUUGCACCAGGCCAACAUUGGGGUAUUUAUCGACUUUGUGCCGGCGCACUUCUGCAAGGAUUCAUGGGGCCUUGUCUAUUACGACGGAGAGCCUUGCUACGAGUAUGCAGACCCGAGAGAGGGGGAGCACAAACUUUGGGGAACCGCAGUGUUUAAUUAUCGCCGCAAUGAAGUGCGGUCGUUCUUACUGGGCGCCGCCUACCAUUGGCUGCGGCGUUACCACAUAGAUGGGUUGCGAAUCGAUGCCGUUUCUUCUAUGCUGUAUAAAAAUCAUCAGAAGAAGGACGGGGAGUGGCUACCAAAUGAACAUGGGGGUGACGCAAACUUGCAGGCCAUCUCCUUGCUCCAGGAGCUCAACUGGGUCGUCCACAAAGAAUUCCCCGGAGUUUUUACCAUGGCUGAGGAGAGCACCAGCUGGAGAGGAGUAACUGACAAAGCAGAUGGUCAGGCUAGUGCACUAGUGCACCCCACUGCGCCGUCACUAGAAAGCAGCAGACGUCUCGGUUUCGACGCUAAGUGGGACUUGGGUUGGAUGAAUGACACGCUUUCCUAUUUAUGCUGCCCUGUGGAGAAUCGCCGAAAGUGCCACAACAAACUCACAUUCAGGGGGCUCUAUAUGGCACAUGAAAGAUGGAUUCUGCCUCUUUCUCAUGAUGAAGUAGUGAGUGGGAAGGGUAGCUUGCUGGAUAAAUGUGGCUACUUGGGAACUCCUUUUGAAGAUCGUAUAAGGACUCUGAAGACGCUUUACGGCUUCCAAAUCGGAAUGCCAGGCAGACCUCUUAUCUUCAUGGGAGGAGAGAUUGGCCAAGGAAGGGAGUGGAAGGACAACAGGUCGGUCGACUGGCACGAGGGGGAGGAAGAGCUGCGUAAAAAGUUGUGUAUAUGGGUAUCUGACCUCUUGGGGCUCUACAAAAGUCAGCCAGCUCUACACGCAGGAGACGACGAAACAUGGAACUUCAAGUGGACAGACUGUGAUAACAACAACGACUGCAUUGUGGCAUUCCUUCGCUCAUACGAGUUCUGGUUCAAUGAUAUUCUAGUUGUCUGCAACUUCUCGCCACAGGCGUACUACAGAUAUCCUGUGGGAGUUCCACACGGCGGUGAGUGGCAGUUGUUGCUUAAUUCAGACGACUGGAAGUAUGCGGGGGGAAUGUGCGGAAGGGGAAACGGCUCGUAUAUCCAUACAACGCAGGGAGGCAGGCUGGGCUGGCCGUACUGCUUAUGGUUAGACGUUCCCGGCAACGGUUGCUUGUAUUUGAAAGCGCCGCAGCCUUCAGCUGAGGAGAAGAAGAGGAUGAUCAGUGAAUCUCAGCGUGCUAAGGAGCCGGCUGAUCGAGAAGGGAAAACGGGAGAUGCAGGCCCCAAAGACCAGCCGGAGGGGUCAAGUUAG